UCACCGAGCCUGCAGCCAUGCAGCAGGAGCUUCUUUUCAAAGUCCUGGUCAUUGGAGACUUAGGAGUGGGGAAGACGUCCAUAAUCAAGCGGUACGUGCAUCAGAUCUUCUCCCAGCACUACCGAGCCACCAUCGGGGUGGACUUCGCCCUGAAGGUGUUGCAGUGGGACAGUAACACUGUGAUCCGGCUACAGCUGUGGGAUAUUGCAGGACAGGAGCGGUAUGGGAACAUGACUCGAGUCUAUUACCGGGAGGCGGUGGGAGCACUGGUGGUGUUUGACGUGACGAGGGCCUCCACGUUUGACGCCGUGCUGAAGUGGAAGGAUGACCUGGACUCCAAGGUGACACUGAACCAUGGGAGACCAGUUCCAGCUGUACUCUUGGCCAACAAGUCAGACCAGCUGGUUUCCCAGCAGCCCAAACUCGACGCCUUUUGCAGGGAGAACGGCUUCGUCGGAUGGUUUGAGACUUCUGCAAAGGAAAACACAAACAUUGAGGAGGCAGCCCGCUGUUUGGUAGAGCACAUUCUGAGAAACGAGGAGAGUCUAGUGACAGAGCGAGAGCCUGGCUCGCUCAUCCUGUCUGGAUGCACUACGACAUCAAAGGAGCAUCUCGGCUGCUCCUCGUGUUCAAAAUGGUAACGUCUGAGAUCAACAGGCGACCAAGACGGGAAGGCCACGAGAGACGUUUGACUCAGGGACCGCUUUAAGAAAAAUUGUGGCUCAGAGUGAUAGAUUUGAUUUUAAAAACAUCUUAAAAGUAUUACUUUAUUUCUUUAAUGGUUUUUUUUGUCCCUCCACACAAACUUAAACAAUCUUAGAAAUCAAAACACUAAAAAAAAAGAAAAAAAGUUGACGCAUGCAGUUUUUAUUAUUGGCACUUUCUGCAUGCUUCUUUAACUUGCUUUGAAUUGACAGUGUGACACUGAUAUUUGAACUGACGGCUCUCUGUGGCACUUUUAUUCUGACGCUUAUGUAACGUGAAAUAAUAAUUCCAAACUUUGAUGUUUUUGCCUGCAGUGUGAACACAGACGCGAAAACAUGAAUCUUCCUUGCGUUAUUUGCACUUUUCCUCGGCCUACGUUUCUAUCUGUGAUUAACCGCUCACUAAAAAUGUCAACGUCAUGAAUACUGCAUUGUGAGCUUGACAUACAUAAAAGCAGCUGCUUAGCUUUGGAUAACAUAUAGACUGGGAACGGGGAAAACAGCCUGACUCGGGGAGGGGCUUCAUACUGUUCAACCCUACUGCUUGAAGCACUAACACUGACCUCAAGUCAGCUGGGACGAGAAGUCAUAUACAAUCUCUUUGCAUAUGACUCGGUAGCAUUAGCAGUUUAUAGCAAACAAACUGUGUUGGCUAUGUUUAAUAGGCUUUUCAAGGACCUACAUCACUCUCUUUUGUAUAUGGAUUAGAGUGAACAUUUACUAUUGCGUGGGCCACAUGGGAUUUUCUGUUUUUUAAGUGUGCGCCACACUCUUGGCUUCAGGAAUAACUGCUGUAUGGGAAUGAAAUCUCUUUGCAACAGCUAUCGCCACCUCGUGGUUUCAGAUAGAAGCAGGUUUAAGAUACUUUCCUAUUGGCUUAAUUUUUCCAACCCCAAAAUUAGCUCGAUGUUUUAUAUUGUCUAUGGGUGCGCUUGGUCUAAUAUCCACUGCCAAGCCAAUGGAUGUGGUGCAUCAACAGUGCCUCUAUGAUAAGGCCCAGAUAUUUGAGGAGAUAAGCCCAGAGCAGAGGUGGGCAAUUAAUUUUCCCAAAGGAAUCACAUGAGAAGCUGGAACUGCUGUGGAGGGCCACACUAAUCAGCUUGUAGAGAUAUGAAAUUAAUACUGAGCAGAAUUCAGCUCAUCUUAUUGAAGCGGCUGCAGUUUGUCAUGUGGCCCCUGUGGGAAAAUUAAUUGCCCACUGGUGGCCCAGAGGAAUAAUAAUAAUAAUAACAAUCAUAACAAAGAAUUUAGCCAACAAUCACACUAAGUGGGAUUUUUUUGCUUUGCAGCAAUCUCAUUGAAUAUAUUUUUCUUCUACACUGCAUCAUGAGCUGAUGAAGUGGAAAAUCUGUUCUGGCACAGUGCUGAGGAAACUAAACAAGAAUCCUUUGCAGUCAGGAAUAAACAGAGAAGUAUCGGGGACCCUGGAGGGGAGACAGUUUAGCAGAUAUGGCCACUAAAAAGACCAUUCAAUUAGCUGAUAAGAUACUAAAGACUGUUUCUGAAUUCAUUAAUUAGAAACAGCAGUAAAAACAAAACAAUUAAGACAUCUGUGGGUCCUCCAGUGCUCUGCCUCUUCCUGCUAUACUGAUGGAUAUUCAGUCGGGUGCUAAUUUACAUUUGUUGUCUGUAUUUUAAAUGUGGUUUCAGUGAAGAAUCUCGUUUUUGCAGUAUUUCACUCAUAACUUUCACCACAAACUCUUGGCUCUGUUGUUCAAAUGGGACAUUUUCUUCAGCUCUAAAAUCAAUUUCUUGCCAGUCCAAUAAAAAAAUGUGGUAUGUGCUACUCUUCUUCUGCACAGCAGCUUUUGUUGA